AUGACUGGUUCGCAUCUGCAGGCGAUUAACCAGACGUUUGAAUUGGACUUGAUACCAAACGACGCACUUCUCCAUCCCUCAGCCGUCUUGCAAGUCCAAGGCGAGCAAAGGAAUGAGGGUGCAAUACAAAGUAGUCCAGACAUACACGCACUGGCCGCCAAUGCUUAUAAGGGGGAUGUCCUUGGAGUUGAUGUCAAUGGUAUGAAAAGGUCCGUUGGAUGGGCAAGAAUUAUGUUUCAUAAAGACACCUCGCAAAAUGUCUUUGAAGGCAGCUUCUCCAUAUGGGGGGAAAUGUAUCAUAUCAAAGAGAUAGAAGUAUACAAGAAAACGAGACGAUCUGUUGAUGUGAACAUUCUACCCCCCGAUUCGCGGUCACUGCGACAUCAAGCUUCACGUCUGAUUUUAUUCAAAGACCAUGAUGAGACGCGAUCGCUACAAUUUGUACCUGACCAGUGGGGGCUCAAUCCCCUCGAUGCGUCGUCAUGGUUGAGCAAACGGGAUGUUCAAGCGGCUAGCACAUGUGCAUUCGAUCCAUCCGCAAAUGCAGUAGCGCGGCGAGCAUAUAGCGAUUCGCUGGAGAGAAGAGCUGCUGGAUUGGUGAAGCGAGCGCCUUCUGGAUGCCCUUCCUCUCGGAGAGUGCUGUUUAUGGCGGCCGCGGGUGAUUGCACCUACGUGAAAUUGCAUGGCGGGAAGGAAAAAGCAUUAACGCAGAUACUGCUGAACUGGAACACGGCAUCAAGCCUCUAUGAGAACACCUUUAACAUCUCCCUGGGCUUGAUACAAGUGAUGCUCCAAGAAACCUGUACUCCAAACGACGAUCUGCUGAAAUGGAAUCGGGAGUGUAGCGAUUUAUACUCAAUCAAUCAAAGAUUGAGCGAUUUUUCCGAAUGGAGGGGAAAAAAAGAUCCAGACCAGGCUGGACUAUGGCAUCUGAUGACAAAUUGCCCUACCGAGCCAUCGCAAUGCUCUGCUCGCAAAAAUCCUUUACUCAGCAGUCAAACACCGGCACGCAGUUUGUAUCCGGGACCGGGGUAUCAGCUGCAGUCAAUUUGGAAUGGAAAGUGGUGGCUCACGAGAUUGGCCACAACUUCGGAGCGAGUCACGACUGUUCAUCCGCUGGACAAUGUCCAUGCACAGAUCCGGAAGUCUGCGGUUGCUGUCCAUGUACACCGAGCUGCAAUUGCAAUGGACAAUUCAUUAUGCAUCCUACAGACAGUGCGACUACAGACAAAUUUUCUCCAUGCAGCGUUGGUCAAAUAUGCGGCGCUUUUCCGAAAUUGGGAACUUGCUUGAAAGGUUGGAGCAUGAUUUUCUGGUGAUUGUGCAUCCCUCCCGGUAUUCAUGCGAUAUUACAGAACCCGGAGCUUUACAGACAAU